AUGCUUCGAUCCGUGCUGAGCGUGCCGAGCGUGCGUGCGGCGGUGCGCCCCCGCGCGCUGCUGGGCGUGCGCAUGAAGAGUGAUGCUCCCCCGAAGCCGGACGUCUCGGACGAGUCCGCUCAGGCGAAGCUCGACCAGCUUGCGAGCUUCCUCGAGAGCCAGCCGCAGGAGCGCCCCAAGGCCCAGCGCCCGCCGCGCGCGCAGGGCCGCGGCCAGAACAUGGCGGGCUCGCGCCGCGUCGAGCAGGUCGGGCCGACAAAGACCUUCCAGAACGGGCAGUACUACGACCCCUACACGCUGAACCCCACCAAUAUGACGGCGCAGCCGCGGCGCAAGGCGCUGCCUCUGCUGGGCCCUUUGAAGCGCGAGGCGAUGAAGCAAGAUCCUAUUCAUAUUCUCGCGCUGAACCCCGCGAAGCCGUCGCUCGCGGAUGAUACAUACAAAAACGGCGCGCUCCUGUCCGAGUUCACGUCGGAGAUGGGCAAGAUUCUGCCGCGUAACAUUACAGGGCUCACACGCAAGAGCCAGCGGUAUGUAGGCAAGGCCAUCCGCCGCGCACGCGCGCUCGGCAUCUUGCCGGUGAUGAGCCGUGGGCGUGGGCCAAAAGGCGGCGACUGGAGGUAG